AUGUUGCUGGAUUACAUGGCCAUCACGGUACCCAUCAUGAAGCCGAAAAGGUUCAGGUUCUGCCACGGCCGGUGGGCUGGGGAAGGGAACAGAAAGGGGACGAACGUAUUACUGGAUUAUACCAUCCGUCCGCACAGACAGCCGCGGACAGCCCACGGCGUGACGUGGAAACUUGCUACCAUCCGUCCGUCGUCGGUUCGCCGCCGAGCGUACAGUCCCGCCGGCACUGCCUCCGAAAGCAUGUUCAACUCCGGAAAAUCGUCGGCGCUGCGCUUGGUUUCCCUGCACUCCUGUUCGUUAGAGCCCUCGCCUUUGAGCACAACCAUGGCCCGCUCAGUCACGAAGCCACAACUGGCGGCCCAAUUGCUUGCGUACAUCCGGCAGCGAAAUGAGGCAGGCGUGGAGAGAACCCUCGCCGCAGGGGCAAGCGUGGAUGGCUCCAGCGAGCUAGACUGGCGACCGAUAAUCGCUGCUGCUGCGUCUGGCAGUGUGGGGAUGGCCGACUUGCUCAUCAAGAGGCAAGCCAACGUCGACUUGGGCUCUCUGAACGACUUGCGAUGUUCGGACGGGCUCGAGGUGCUGGGCAAGGGGGUAAGGGCGUUGCAUGUCGCCAUCAACCACUACCACGUUGACGUCUUCCGGUUGCUGCUCAAGGCCGGCGCCGACCCGGACUCAGCGAACGGGAAGGGCCUCACCCCGCUGAUGCUGACGUGCAUCCUAGAGGACUCCGCGCGCGGGGAGCAGCGGGCGGUCAUGGCCCGCGAGCUGCUGGAGGCAGGCGCGGACCCGGCGCUGGCGGACUUUCAAGGCAAGACCGCGCUCGGGUUUGCGGCGGCGCGGGACCAAACAGACCUCAUCGACAUCCUCUUGCAAAAGGCGCCGACGACGCUGAACCGCGCGACGCCGGACGGCCUGACGCCGCUCUACGCCGCGGCCAUGAGCGGCAAGGGCAAGGCGGUGUCCCACCUCCUCUCGGCGGGGGCGAGGCAGCCGCCGGCCUCGGCGGAGAAGGACAUGUGCCCCCUCGUGGCCGCCGUGCGGGAGAACCACCAGGAGGUGGUGCGAGUCCUGCUCACGGACAGGGGGAUGGAGGCGAUCGACGGGCCGGACGUGAUCCCCCGGGCGGUCGGCGCGGCGGCGUCCGCGCGGAAGGGGAGGGCGAGCAUCGUGCGGAUGCUGCUCUCCGCCGAGGGGCACGAGCGGGAGGGGCACUGGGCCCGGUGCCGCUACAAGGAGGACCCCGUGCUCCACUGCGCGGUGUCCUUCGGGAACAUCUCGGCGACGCGCGUGCUCCUCGCGGCGGGGGCGGACGAGACCGCGGAGAACGAGGACGGCCGCCCGGCGAGGGAGGUGGUCGGGUUCAACGCGCCCAGCCUCCAGAGGGACCCCGCCAAGAAAGGGGCGAUCGUGCGCAUGCUGGCGAGGGGCCCAGCGUACCGGGCGCGGUCGUGGGCGUGGCCGGCUACGGCUAGAGCCUACACUGCCGGCCACACGUGUGCUGCUGCUGCGACGACGGCUGCCCCCGGUGCCUGCGGCGCGGCGGCUGCCUCCUCCGAUUAUGUCCGUGGUUCCAGUUUCGUGGGGGGCUCCGGGGAUGCUUGUGCCGUCGCGCCCCCGCGGGGGGGCGACGCGGGAGAUGCCUGUGCUGUCCGUGAGGCCGACGGCGCUCGCGCUAAUGGGGAUACUUGCGGUGGCCGGGCCAGUGUUGAUAACGGCACGGACCUUCCCGCCGCCCAUGGAAGUGGGUCGAGUGCUCCUCUGGGAGUUCGAAUCUAUAGACCAAAGAGCCGCAACGCGUUCUUGGUUCCCUGGUUGGUUGCAAGGACACAGAGCGCUGCUCGGAUCGCGUUUAUUGUUUUGCUGCUCUUGGGCCUGGCUUGACACCUUGGCCCACCGUUCGCACAUGAUUUCAAGCGCCUGCGCCGCAAACGUCGCCCCGCUUCGACGUCCCCGAACGAUAAUCGCUCUCGGUUAUGGUAUGGUCUCUGCCACGUACCGCAAUUCGUUUGGCGCUUUCCUCCUUUUGCUGAUGCUACUGCUGUUUGGCACACCUAUGUGACUUUUGUUGGUACUUCGUUCUUCUGGCAGUCUGCGCAAACGUCUACGCUCAUCUUCUUUUUAACCCAUACCCUAUGGUGUAACCAUUGGUAAGUCUGGCUAUGUACGUGCGCUCCCCGCUAACCAACACAAACGGUCGCUCGCUCCGAUUUUUUUAUGUCCCUUUCCUGGCGUUUUCUUCUCUACCUGCCUGCCAACGUCUCAUUCGCUGGCCUUGUGCCAGGUACGCCGACUUGGGCGCAGUGGCUCGUGUCGAGGCCACAGGGAUGGUGGUGCUGAGAUGAGGAUUUUGUGUUGUUGCCACUUCAUGCGGGUAUAUAGCGUGCUUUGAGCUCUCCGGUGCGCCGGCGUGCAUGCGAUGGGGAACCGAGGGCGUCUCCUGUUGCCGCCACUCCAUGUGGGAGUGCGGCUUGCUUGGAGCUGUCUGGAGCGCCAGGAUGCAUGCGAUGGGGAAUGGGAAGCAUCUCCAACGACGGCGGGCGUCCGUUUGGCGCGCCUGAGACGUCUGCCUCCCUUGUGGCCUCUUGCUCCCUCUGUCGCCUGCGCUAGGUGGGGUAGGCGGCGGCAGAUCUCGCCGCAUUUUCUGCAGGUGCGCGAAUCUGCGGAACCCCGCGAAUUUGCGGGGCCCCGACUAUUUUUUGGGCUGUGCGC